UAACAGAAGGCGGAGUUCUCUGAGAGACCGUUUUCGCAGAGAUUUGAAUGAUGAGGCAGAGUGUGCGAGCGGUUCCGGAGCUACCACCAAGAAAAAAAUCGAUCUACAUUGAAAUGUUGUUCUUCCUAAGGAAAGUCAUGGACGUUAGAUCUACAUCAUCAAACGUCUCAGAGUGUGAGGAGAACACUGAUGAGACAGAGGCAGUGCAGGGAGUUGAGCAUGCCACACAAGAGGGAGAAGGCCAGUCCCAGUCUGUUGAUGCGGAUGAGACAGACCGUCCAAGUGCACGUCCAAGCUCUUCACAAAGAUCCGUGAAUGUUAGUCAUGACAGGCCAACAACAUCACGAUCCUCGCGGCGUGGCAAAAAGCCAAAAAAUACAGAGAUGGACAAAGCCAUGAAGUCCUUCAUGGACGAGAUGACCUUCUUUAAAAGACAGGAGAGUAAGAAUCCAUUCUGUGAUCCAAACAACUCAAAUGUGUCCUUCCUGAGGACUAUUUAUCACACACUUCAAAAAGUACCAGCAGAGAGGCAGAUGGAGAUACAUAUGGUCAACUCUGUACUAUCACUUUUAUCUACAGGUCUGGCUUACAGUGCUGGACCUUCAAAACCAGUGCUGGAAAUGGCAGCUCUUGUGUGCAUGUGCAGGAGUGAUGUCAUCACGCCCCCCGCCACUAACGGAGGUCACAAACCCAGAAGAAAGACCGUGGAAGAUGUCGGCCAUCUCAGCAUUGACAUUGUGGUGCAGGAGGGCUUUGUUCUAAGAUUCCUUUUCACCAUCUCUACACUGGUCAUGACCAGCUACCGUGGUGAGAUUUUGCUCAGCUUGCACUCUUGA